CACGUUUUCCCGCAUAUUCAAAUAAUGAAAUCAUUUGAUAGUGAACCGCAUCACUGCUCAGUGAGAAUUAUUCUUUUCGUUGCAUAAAACAUUGUACUUCGUGUGGUGAGGAAAUGUGUGGGCAAGCUGAUAAGCACUAUUUUCAUUGAUGUUCGUAUCAUAACUUAAUUAUUGCCAUUUUCGAACCAAUCAUGAAAUAUUCGUGGCUAUCGGAAAAUUCACGCGUGGAUUAAUAAAGUGAUUGAUAUCUGGAGAAUGCGACGAAUUUGAAUGAAAUAUUAUCAUGUACCUAUCCGUAGAAGCUCCAUCAUGUAAGAAAGUAUUUGUAUUCACAAUAUUUCUGGCGGCUGUGGUUCUACUUUGUUUUUAUCACGAGAACCCACUCGAAGGAAUUUACUAUGAUAAUGGAUUAAUAGAUCUCGUAAACGUUACCACAAAUUAUACAGAGUAUUUGGUUUGGAGUCCGGAAUGCAGAAUCCGAAACGUGGAUCCUUUCAACGAAGAAGCCAUGAAAUAUUCUCGAAAAGAAAAAUACAUUUCAUGCAGCCAACAAAAGUUGCUCACUUAUGUUAAUGUAAACGGAACGAAAGCUGUAUUGCAUAUUGAUAAAAAAAAUCAACAUUUCUAUACCAAAGAAGAUGUGACCUGUUGCUAUUCUUAUGUCCGCAGAUUUGGCAGUAAACAGAAGCCCGAUGAAGGAAUCAAAUUCAGUACCUGCAUAGCUUUCAAGGAUUCCCUCAAUCUUACCCAAGAUACCGUGAAAGUAUCGUGCCAUUCAAAAAAGCACAAGAAAGUUUAUGAGAAUGUGCAUGAAGUUAUAAGAGCCAAAGAUGAACAUAUUGCAUCGAAAUUGCCACAGAAUUCUGACAGAGUGCCAAGUGUUUUAUUCGUAGGAAUUGAUAGUAUUUCUAGAUUGAAUCUUAUUCGCGCCAUGCCAAAAACUUACGAAUUUUUAUCCAAUGACAGCGAAACGUGGUUUCCACUCUUGGGAUAUAAUAAAGUUGGUGACAACACGUUUCCAAACCUGAUGGCCAUUUUCACCGGAUACAAUAUUACAGAAGCUUACCAGAACUGCAAUCCUAAGAAGAUAGGACCAUUAGAUUCGUGUCGAUUCAUUUGGAAGGAUUAUAAAAAAUUUGGCUAUAUCACAGCUUAUGGGGAAGACGAAACCUGCAUUAACACUUUCAAUUAUCGAAAGAAAGGAUUCACUAAGGAACCGGUAGAUUACUAUUUCAAACCUUACAUGGAAGCUGCGGAAAGUAUAGGUACUGUGAAACGCGACACUCUCAGUUACUGCGCUGGACCGGAGACAUCUGCUGAGAGAAUUUUGAACUUAGCUAAAGAUUUCGCCAUCACCUACAGGGAAUACAAAAGUUUCGGAUUCUUCUGGAUGAAUACUUUCAGUCACAACAACCUCAAUACUCCCAGCAGAAUGGAUGAGAAAGUACUAAACUUCCUAAAAGAGAUAACAGAAGCAAAGAUUUUAGACAAUAGCAUAGUCGUAUUCUUGAGUGAUCAUGGCAUUCGUUUUGGAGAUAUAAGACACACAUUCACCGGCUGGUACGAAGAAAGGUUACCUUAUAUUUAUUUCUCCUUCCCUGAGUCAUUCAAAAAGAAGUACCCAGAAGAAAUUGCAAAUUUUCGUACUAACGCUAACAGACUAACAACACCAUUCGACGUGUAUAUAACCUUGCAGCAUCUGUUAGUUCUUUCUGGAUUCAACUUUACCAUUAAAUCUAUCACUUCUUGUCCAUUUUGUAAAUCUUUAUUAACAGAUAUAGACUUAACUAGAUCAUGCGAGACAGUUGGAAUCGCACCACAUUGGUGCACGUGCUCUGGUUUUUCUAAUUUGAAUAGCAAAGAUAGUGUUGUUCUAGCAGCAGCAAAUUUUCUAGUUAAGGAAAUACAACGCAAUGUACAUAAAAUGGGAGGUAGCCCUAAGUGUGCCAAAUAUCAUUUAGGCAAAGUACUACUUUCCUCUAUAUCCGAUAAGUUUAGUUAUAAAAAUGACACCUAUUUAUUGAUAUCUAUAGAAACGAUACCAAAAGCAGUUUUCGAGGCAACAAUACAUUUGAUAAAAGAUGCCAAAAACGCCACGACCUUCGUUAUUGAUACUUCCAUAAGUAGAUUGGACAGCUAUUUUAUACAUGGAAAAUGUGUUUCUGACGAAAUUUUGAAACAGUAUUGUUAUUGUAAGUAAAAUAUAGAAGUGCCUUUCUCGAAUUGAGUAUUACAUAUAUAUCUUUAUUUAUUUCUCAUGUUGUAAAUAUUGUACAAAUAAAUUUAAUUUUUUCAA